CACUUUUAGGCCAUUGAGGACAGCACCUUCAUAACAGGAAAUGUCCUUAACUGGCUUCGCAGAGGGCGAGGCGUCUUUUGUUUUAGUCAUAACCACAUCCUUCAGUCAUAUUUUCGUCACAAGCACUCUGACUGUGCAUGUAGAUCAGUAGAUUGGCAUAUUAAUGGCAAUGCUUAUGCAAUGUACAACUGGUAUUUGACUGAGAACAGAAUUUUUAAUUUUCAUUCAAAUUGAAUAUUUUUGCAAACCUGUUCAAUGGGAAUAUUAUCAAGUUUGCAUGUGGGCUCUGUACAAUGCAUCUGAGCAGGGCUGACUGCAGAUUCGUACCUUGUUCCUCCAUGAUGGCUUUAUGGCAAGCCCUAGCCUUGCUUGUAAUUUGUGGACUUACUGAGUGCAGUGUUGCUUUGAGAAGAAAUGCUACCGCUUCUGUAUCUCGACCGACCACAUUUCCUCUCACAUCACUGUUUGCAGAUGAUGGCGUGUGCACCGUGACCUGUACCACAGACUUCAUCUCCACGCUGAACUGCUCUAAUUCUGACUCGGCAGGAGCAGCUUCGUGUCUCGUUGAGGCUGAUUGCAGGGAUGAAUAUUUUUCGACGAAUGGGAGCUGCAGUAUCAAAUCCCCACAAUCCUGGUGCACAAUGGAACCAGACGAUGUGGAUUUUAUUAUGUCCUAUGAUACUACCUGCUCUAUCGUAGUAACACAAAUGGCCAAACAAGGCAACAUGGAGAUCCCUGCAAAGAGUCACUCUGAAACAAUACUUUUAUACAAAUUUGUUAAGCCAAAACAACCUUUCAACUUAAAUAUACAAAAAAUUGAUGAUGCUUUCAACCUCACUUGGGAUGUGGCUUAUACGGGUGACGAUCUGUGUACAAAAUUAUACUACAGAGUACGAUUACGAUCUAAAAGUGACCCAGAUGAGAUGGCGAAAAUUUUCCCGCUGCAGCAGAACCAACAAUCAAUGGUUAUCAUCAGUAAAAAGCUCCUGCCAGGAAGGCAGUAUGUGGCAGACGUUCAGGUUGCUGUGGAUCCAAAAUGGUUCACAUCUAUGUGGAGUGAAUGGAGCAACAGUGUUGAAUGGACAUCUGAUUCUGAACACCCAGAGUCAGAACAGUACUAUUUCCUGCUGUUGGCACUUCCUGUUUUGGUGGUGGUGCUACUUGUGUCCAGUGCGAAAUUAGGGGGCAUCAAAAAGCUAUCCUUAUGGCAACACAUCCCAAGCCCUCAUGAGUACUUCACACCACUCUACCAUACAUAUCAAGGAGACUUUAAGAAAUGGGUAGGACCAGUCCUGACUUUCAACAGCUUUGAUGUCCUUGAGAAGAGCACCACUUUGCAGGUGCUUUGUGAGAAGCAGCAGAAUGAAAGCUCAGAGGAACCUGCUAACAGUGGUCCAGUGGGUCAAAACUCAUCUAAACUCUACUUCCUUGGAGGCAACAGUCAGAGCAUCGCACACUCCAGCGGCCACAUAUCGAUGGACACCGUUACAGUGUCCGGUCAGGAGGGUGUCGUGGCCGACUGGUCCGGUGACAGCCACAGACUAAGCCUAGAGGACUUCCUCAACGACAAAGACGCCAAUCAGAGACCGGCUGAGAUCGAUGCAAGGCAGCCUCUUAUACCUGACGGCAGGAGGAGUUUACAGGGUUCAGACUGUGAUGACUGGCAUCUACAGGAGCACGACCUGGAGAACAUUGAGCAGGUCUCGCUGGACUCCUACGUUUCUAAUGAGCAGUCCGAUGAUGGUUACCCUCAAAUGGGAUUGGAUUUGGACACCAUAGACAGUGGAUUUCAGGAGUCAGACUGUUCCAGCCCCUCAGCAUUUGAUGGGAACGAGCAAAUAGACACUUCAUCACUGGAUGGCGUGGGUCGCUCCCAUUCAAAUUAUGUCAAACAGUGGGUGACUUUUACAUCAGUUCAAGUUGAUGCCCACAGCACUGGAAACUAGCUGUUCAUGGGUGCUUCGAUUGCUACAUCCAUCUAAAUCAAUCACAACUGAAUAAUGAACAAUAGAAAGUGGAAGCAUCUACAAAAUGCAUGAAGACCUCACUGGUUGCACCUAACUUGCUCACAGUUUUUUUGUUACACUGAACUGUAUUUGUGGCAUAAUGUGCAUAACAUAAAUAGACUCAUUAGACAUAAGCUGUCUGGUUGUUCACAGGACAUUGGUCUACUGUAUAUUUAGACUGCAGGACAGUAUGUAUGGCCUUAUCUCAAUUUGCAAACUAUCAUUCCUUUAGGCCUAUAGACAUUGGUCAGGGUAGCGCCAUAUUUCAUAUUUUACAGGAUGAGUAGUGAGAGACUGAAGUACAGUGCUUUCAAAGGAUUGUACUGUUUUUUAACAAUUUAACAAUUGUUCAGCCAACGAAACAUCUUAACGGAAAAAUCUAAGUUAACCAAAACUUUAUAAAACCGUUUUCAAAUUUGUGAGUAGUGCUGUCAACUGAUCAUUCACAAUUAAUCGCAUCCAAGCAAAAGUUUUUGUUUACAUAUAAUAUGUGAGUGUACUGUGUAUAUUUAUCAUGCUUGUAUAUUUUUAAGAAAAAUAUGUUUUACUUAUAUAUAAAAUAUGAAUGUUUAUAUACGGGUACAUCUCAAUAAAGUAGAAUGUUGUGGAAAAUUUCAUUUAUUUCAGUAAUUCAACUCAAAUUAUGAAACUCAUGUCUUAAUUAAAUUCAAAUCACACAGACUGAAGUAGUUAAAGUCUUUGGUUCUUUUAAUUGUGAUGAUAUUGACUCACAUUUAACAAAAACCCACCAAUUCAUAAUCUCAACAAAUUAGAAUAUGGUUACAUGCCAAUCAGCUAAUCAACUCAAAGCACCUGCAAAAGUUUUCUUGAGUCUUCAAAAUGGGUCUCAGUUUGGUUCACUGGUGAUACACAAUCACGGGGAAGACUGCUGAUCUGACAGUUGUCCAGAAGACAAUCAUUGACACCCUUCACAAGGAGAGUAAACCACACACAUUCAUUGCCAAAGAAGCUGGCUGUUCACAGAGUGCUGUAUCCAAGCAUGUUAACAGAAAGUUGAGUGGAAGGAAAAAGUGUGGGAAAAAAAGAUGCUCAACCAACAGAGAGAACCGCAGCCUUGUGAGGAUUGUCAAACAAAAUCGAUUCAAGAAUUUGAGUGAACUUCACAAGGACUGAGGCUGGGGUCAAGGCAUACAGAUAUGUUAAGGUAUUUGGCUACAGUUGUCGUAUUCCUCUUGUUAAGCCAUUCCUGAACCCCAGACAACGUCAGAUGGGUCUUACCUGGGCUUAGGAGAAGAAGAACUGGACUGUUCCCUAGUUGUCCAAAGUCCUCUUUUCAGAUGAGAGCAAGUUUUGUGUUUCAUUUGGAAACCAAUGUCCUAGAGUCUGGAGGAAGGGUGGAGAAGCAUAUAGCCCCAGGUGCUUGAAGUCCAGUGUUAAGUUUCCACAGUCUGUGAUGAUUUGGGGUGCAAUGUCAUCUGCUGGUGUUGGUCCAUUGUGUUUUUUGAAAACAAAAGUCACUGAACCCGUUUACCAAGAAAUUGUGGAGCACUUCAUGCUUCAUGCUCUUCACUUCCUUCUGCUGACCAGCUUUUUGAAGAUGCUGAUUUUUAUUUUCCAGCAGGAUUUGGCACCUGCCCACACUGCCAAAAGCACCAAAAGUUGGUUAAAUGACCAUGGUGUUUGUGUGCUUGACUGGCCAGCAAACUCACCAGACAUGAACCCCAGAGAGAAUCUGUGGGGUAUUGUCAAGAAGAAAAUGAAAAACAAGAGACCAAAAAAUGCAGAUGAGCUCAAGGCCACUUUCAAAGAAACCUGGGCUUCCAUACCACCUCAGCAGUGCCACAAACUGAUCACCUCCAUGUCACGCUGAACUGAGGCAGUGAUUAAAGCAAAAGGAGCUCCUACCAAGUAUUGAGUACAUGUACAGUAAAUGAACAUACUUUCCAGAAGGCCAACAAUUCGCAAUUUUUUAAAUUUUAUUCAUUA